CAAAUAGCGAAAUCUGAUUUUCCCCUUCAUGUUUGUGUCGUGACUGCGGUCUCCUCUGAACUCGCCUGGGUCCUCCGUGUAGGUGGUAUCUUAUGUGUCAUGUUCCAGGAAUUUUCAUUUUUUUUAUUAUCUAAUUGAAACAAUAGCCUGAGAUAUGCCAAGUGCAGAGAAUUUAAAAGUACCAUAUCUUGUAAGAGGCAGUCAAUUUAGAGAAUGCAUUGCCCAACUCAUGACCACAAAUGAAAAGUUCAAAUCUCAGUCAAACCCAAGGAUAUUCUGUGUGGUUUCACCAGUGGAGAUAUCUCAAUUGGAUAGUCUAUAACAAAUGUAGGUUGGAUGAGCUUUGCUUCUACAAAAGUCUCAAUAACCUCAUUAAGAAGGAGGCCAACGGAUUGGCAUGUUUCAAUGGAACCUUUAUCUUUGUUAUCCCAAUUUGGUUUGCAACCUCAAGAUCAUUCCCCAAUUCAUUGAAAUUGAUCCUGGCAGUUUCUUUAACAAGGUUGUGAUUAGUCUCCCUCCCCCAGGGCCUUUCCAGGCAUAUCUCGACUCCUUGAUAAUCAAUGUGAGAAGGAGGAAUGGAAUGUUCAAUUACAGAGGCAGAGGCAGAGGCAGCAGAAUGCGAUCUCUCCAUUCCAAUUGCAAGGGGUGGACCCAUAUACGUUCCCAACAUGGUCGGACCUUCCACUAGGGUUCCUCAAUUUCAGACUUCUCUUCUUUCUGAACUUGAGAAUCUGAAGGCCGAAUUGUCUGAAGACUUUUCUCAUCUUGAUAUCUCGGUGGAUGACCUUAAAAUUUUUACAGAGGAUGAGUUAAUGGAUGUGGCUCUCAAAGAAGUAUUUCAGGAUAGGGAGGAGAACGACGAAAAUCAUCCUCCACUCUUGGACCAACCCAAUGCACUGUGUCUUUUGAAGAACUCAAAGAGAAAGAGAAAGGGAACAAACAAUUCUAUUCUUGAAAGUGAUUGUAUAGAAAAGGUGGAGCAAGUGGUGAGAAUCAAACAGAAGCAGGAAGAAGACAAAGCAGCAGUCAAACUUCAUUCAUUUAGUCCUGUUUGCAGGAUCAAUGAUGCUGCACAUAAGCCAACUAGAACAGAAAGGAUGAGGUCCCUUAGGUCUACAAAUUCUACCAGAAAGGUCAACACAGUCAGCCUUCAGGAACACAUACCUGUGCUUUAUCCAGAAGUUGUUCUGUCUGUGGAGGUUUACCAUAAUGUUCGAAAGGGUGCCAAGAUCCAAGAGUUGUUAGUUCUUGGAGGUCAGACUUUAGCUGCUUUGAGAGACAAGAUCUUUUGCUCAACAGACCAGGUGAUGCACAAAGCUGGGCAGGAUGAUCCUUCUGGCUAUUUUCUCAUUGAAGAUGUAUUCUGCCCUGAUUUGAGGGAUCCGUCUGCCAGUGAUCUCACCAGACCUAUACUGGAUUGGCUCCACAACUCCAAGGAGGAGGCACAAAAGAAAUGGGAACAUAUUAUAACUGGGGAAUUGCAGCAGAAACAAAAAGCCAUCAUGGGUGCAGGAGAAUCUGCAUCACAGUUGCCUCAUUUUAGAUCUAUUGAGAUGCACAAGAUACGCUUUUGUGACUUGAGUUUUCGACUUGGUGCUGGAUACCUCUAUUGUCAUCAGGGUGACUGCAGCCAUACCUUAGUGAUUCGAGAUAUGAGGUUAAUUCAUCCCGAUGACGCACAUAAUCGAGCUCUUUAUCCAAUAAUCACGUUUCAAGUGAAGCUACGUUUUCAGAAAUGUAGUGUUUGCAAAAUAUUCAGAGCUACAAAGGUCACGGUGGAUGACAAAUGGACACCAGAAAACCCUUGUUAUUUUUGUGAUAAAUGUUUUUCCUUACUUCACCUAGCAGAGGAUGGUUCGGCAUUAUAUACUGACUUCAUAGAGUAUGAUUACAACCAUGAUUAAUUGCUGUUAGCCUCGGAAGAACACCAGCGGGCGAGCGAAUAAAGUCAUUCUUUACAAGAAUCUCAUUGAGAAUUGAUUUUUCAUUGUUUAUUGAAUUCUGUAUCAUUGUAAAAUAAAUUCUUACAAAGUCGACAGUGUAGGAAAUAAAUUGUUUGAAGAUGCGUAUGUACAAGUUUUGUUAUGAUCGUGUAUUUCGGAUCUAUUCCAAGUAGAACUAAAGAAAAUAACAGGUAAUUUUGUAGCAUACCAAAAAAACAUUAAAAUACUAAUUCAGUUU